GGGCUUCUGGAGAAGAAACGACAGCCGUGAACCCAGGUACGUCUCUUUAUAAACUGCGGGGCAUGGCAGCUCCACGAUAGCGCUGGAGUGCGGUGGUCUGGGCGGUACUAGAUGUGAUAGAACGACGAAAGCCAGGCCCUUAUGCGGAAGAAGAGGCCUGGCGAGCAACGAGUCCGAUGCAUAAGGCAGCGGGAGGAACCCACGUAUUUGUUGCCAAAUUGGUGUGACAGCUCGGAAGGUGUUGAUAUAGGAGAAAUCGUUAGCAGUAUCCCAAUCCAACUAAGCAAAAGCAGAACCCGCCUUCUUACCUUGGGAGAAGAAAAAGUGGUGAAGCCUCGUCCUCAACAGAAUAAUCGGAAUCGAAUUGUGCGGUGUCUCCCCUUAGGAAAGAAGAGCAACCGCACGCUGCGCAUUGCACUAAAGUGUACGACCACAAGCUUCGUAACGGCCCUCCCAGAGGAAACCUGGGAAGAAGAAACCAACCUUCGCGUCGAGAGACACGAAGGCAGGUCAUCCCCCAGGCCCUGCUUUUCUGAUGCCAAUUACAGACGCGCGAUGGCGCCAAGCCGUCACCGGCAGGGCUCGCUACCCAUCAAGAUACCCAAAGGGCAAAAAGAUGGACGAGCCAAUAGUGAAGCCGAUUCUCCGAAUUUCUCAUAUGCCUGUGCUCGAAAGCAUUGAAAGUACCGCUUGCGCAGGCUCUCCGUUUGUAGCAUAGAAGCGCAGCGUUGAAAAGGACG